UUUCCUCAUUCGACUCUUUGGACUUCUUAAUGCGCGACGUCCUCCGUAUGUAUAAUUGGAAGUUGCUUUUCGAUCACGAACGCCUUCCCACGUCCAUCUGCCGAUGCCUUCUCUCCGUUCGAGACUCCGAAUAUUCUGAACCCGUGUGGUACGAUACCUGAAAAUUCUCCACGCAAAUAGAACGACUUCCCUAAGUUCACCGGUCACUACCACCUUUCCAUUCCUUGCUAAGGCUCCUGGGAAGUCGUCCUGUGAGUGGAAGCGUUUCUGCGAACCUCUCUGGCUGCCUCGUUCGAGCCUUCCAAUCUCUCGAGCAUACGAUGUGCAAACAACCCUUGCAGUUGGGAGCCCCUUCUCCACCCCAAGUCACUUCCAUCUCUCGAAAACGCUCUUUCCCUUUCACAAAAUAGGUAUGGCCACAACCUGCCGCCCCUCUGGUCCAUCCUUGAACUAUAAGAGCAGUCAUCUGCCCUCCUCUUUGCUGAUUCUCUUUCUCUCCUUCGUUCCACUUGUGUUCCAUCGACUUUUUGCCCUCGGCACCCCCGUCUCUAUUGACACUCUCGCCUCCAUCGACUCUUUACCCUCUGUCAAUUCUCCCGUCCUACGCUGGCACCUCGUCUCCGUCAACAUUCUCGUCCUCCCCCAACACUCUCGUCCUCAUCGACAAUCCCGUCUGCCAGCACUCUCGCCCUGUCAAUGCUUUGUUUUUGAUCGACUCGCAUGCCCUCCUUAUACUUCUACUUCUCCGUUGACUCGUUCUUCAUCAGCUCUUGUCUCCUCCUGCCAGCCGCUCAUUUCUUCAAUUGCAUUCCCUCUCCUCUGCUCAGUCAAGUCUCCUUCGGCGCCCCCCCUUGUGUUCUGUUGUCCAUCAGACACAAAUUCCAGGCGUCCAUCAAGACUUGGAGGAUCGUGUCAGUCCCAGGUGGGUGGUUCCUAAUGCUAAAAAAAAAAAAAAAAAAUGAUGUACCCCUUGCGUGUUUUUUUUGGAUUGCUUUUUUUUUGCUUUCUUGCUUUUUUUCUUUUGGCGGCUUCCACCAGCGUAACAUGAUUAUUAUUAUGAAAAGAGCAGAAGGAGCCCUCACAAAUCGUCAGCCUCGGCUGACGUACCUCUAGGGCGAUACUUGACAUGGCUUCCGGAUACCUAUAGAGAUGGUGAUCGGCUUAUGGGGCCAUGGCUGACAAGAUAGGGGCUUGGCGGGUGUUUUUGCUUUGGUUGUCCUGCGUCAGAUGCGAAUGUGCCUUCGUAGUUACGCGCAGGAAUGGCUCGGUACUCUUGAAACUGCUGAGUAUGUAGUACAAUAGAAUUUGUGGCAACCGUGAGACUCCGUUGUGUUUUUUCCCUCCAUCGUCAUUUGCGCCAGUUGUGGUGACUUGACUUGCUAAUGGGGAAUCCAACAGCACAGGAUAAUCUAACGAUU